AUGACUACACCAGAGAAAUCCCGCAGUGUGGCCAUCGUCGGCGCAGGACCCGUCGGCGCCCUCAUGGCCGUCUACCUUGCCAACCGUGGCUGGAACGUCCACGUCUACGAGACCCGUCCUGAUAUGAGACUGCCAGAGAACAAGGCCAAGAUCCAGAACAGAUCGAUCAACCUGGCAUUGUCGACCCGCGGUCUGACCGCAUUGAAGGGCACCGGUUUGGCCCUGGACGAGCUGAUCAUGAAGUCUGGACUGCCCAUGCGUGGUCGUAUGCUCCACAUCGGUGACGAGGGUCAUCUCGUCAGCCAAGACUAUGGUGUCCACGGCGAGUGCAUCAACUCGGUGGAUCGCGCAAAGUUGAACGAGGACUUGAUCACGGCUGCGGAGGAAUUGAACAACGUUAAAGUCUCCUUCAACCUCACCCUCAAGCGAGCUGAUCUCGACAAGGGAACCCUUGCCUUGGAGAACAAGGAGACAAAGGAGAUUAUCUCUGCGCAUGCGGAUUUGAUUAUCGGAUGCGACGGCGCCUACUCUUCCGUCAGGAACUCAUUAAUGCGCUAUGUCAGACUGGACUUUGGUCAGGAAUACAUUCCUCAUGGUUACUGCGAGUUGAGCAUCCCUGCUAAAGUCGGGGCUGAUGGAAAGCCCGAGUUUGCAAUGGACCCCGAGCACCUCCACAUCUGGCCCCGCCACAAGUUCAUGAUGAUCGCCCUCCCCAACCCCGACAAAUCAUUCACGGUGACGCUGUUUAUGCCGUUUGCCAACUUUGAGAUGAUCCACAACGAGGGCGAUCUGCUCAACUUUUUCGAGCAGUACUUUGCUGAUGCGAUUAAGCUCAUGGGCAAGGACCUGUUGAUCAAGGAGUACUUCAAGAACCCCAAGGGCUCCCUUGUCAUGGUCCGGGCGAACCCGUAUCAUUACAAGGACCGCUGUAUCAUUCUGGGAGACGCCGCACACAGCAUGGUCCCCUUCUACGGCCAAGGAAUGAACUGCGGUUUCGAGGAUGUCCGCAUCCUGGACUCGCUCCUCUCCGAGUUUAACGUCAAGUCGACCAAGGUGGGCGAAUCCGACAACUCACUCGCCCUCGCCCUCGAAGCCUACACCGAUCGCCGUGCAAAGGACCUCAAGGCGAUCUGUGAACUGGCCCUGUACAACUACACCGAGAUGCGUCAUGGCGUUACAUCGCCCGUGUAUCUUAUGAGGAAGAAGGUCGAGUCCUGGUUGCACCUCUUGGUCCCCUCCAAGGUCAUUCCUCUUUACACAAUGGUCUCGUUCUCGAACAGGCCUUAUUCGGAGGCGUAUGCGCGUCAUCAUAAGCAAGGGUUCUGGUUGUCGGUUGCCGGUGCUGCAGUGGGCUUGGGAACUGCGGCGGGGUUGCUUGUUGCCGGGUGGAAGCAGAGGAGGCAGUUGAAGGAUGCUGCUGGAUUGUUGAAGGCUGCCUUCUUGACCGCCGCUCAGUCUGCUCAAAAGCUUGUCCAGUAG